AUGUUUCCUUUUACCUCCUUGAGUGAAGAAAGUUCCCCUGUGGAAGAACAAGUUGUCAGUUAUCGAACAUUACCCCCCAUCAAGCAAAUACCGAUGGACAAGCAGAUUGAUAUUCAACGGCAUACAAAAAAAUCCCAGAAAAAGAAAUACUGGAAAAAACCACAACCACCAGCAACUUCAAUUUUACAUUUGGGAAUUACAGCCAGGACUUAUGAUGUGGAAGAAUUUGAAGUCGGUCAGCCAGAGGAAUAUAGACAUUUUUUUUUUGAUAAGAUAUCUGGCAAAAAUUCCAAGUUGAGAUCAGGAGGAGAAAGACUGAGGCCAAUUAAACAGAAACUGCCCUCAAAUGUGGUAUGUUCAAAGUUGCACAGAGAAAUUCUUUGUGGAGUCAUGUCGAAUAUCAUUAGGGGCCUCUUGGUAGACACUUAUUUCCAUGAUGCUUUGAAAGACCUCCAAUAUGAAAAAGUUCCUUAUUAUCAACAGCUUGUCCAAGAGGUACCGGUGCCUUUUGGCAAAAAAAUGUUCAUUGAAGAAUUAGAGAAAAAAUCCAAUCCUCUUUCCAAUGUGCUUUCUUCACAAAAUCUGAUCAGCCAGAGCCAGUCACUUCCAAGUUCUCCGAUAUUGACAAUGCGAGGUAUUAACCUAUCUAUCUAUCUAUCUAUCUAUCUAUAA